AUGGCCAAGGCAACCCCUCUAUGUUAUAAACACACAUCGCAAGGGCUUGCAUCGUCCGCCAUUUCAUAUUUCUUAGACGAUAGGAUUGCAGAGCUUACUUCGCAGCAAGAGACGUUAAUGGCAUAUAAAGAGGGCCUCUUCGAAUCAGAAACUCUCAUUUCAAACGAGGAUUUCCAGGCUGAACUCCAGGCAGUCGUGGAAGCAAUUGCACUGAGGACCAGAGACCUGCGAAUCCUGAGCGGGCAAAGGAGAUUGGUUGAACAAUAUUUGGAAACUGAUACUCACGCAAAAGGCUCACGGGGUAAAGAACCGGCGUUGGAAUUUCUCGAAAUGGCGUAUACGAGUUCCACUCGUUUCGUGCAUGGUGAUGGAGACCAGCCCGCCGAUAUCUAUAUUUCCGGUCUCCUAGUUACAUACCUAUAUGCUAAGAUGAUUAGAAACACAGCCUUCGCUUCUACUACUGGCAGCUUUAAUGAGUUCUGGCCUUUGUCCGGGAAGUAUCUAGGCUGGUCGAUUCUCAGAUCCCUCGCCCGGGACCUCUCGGGCCUGGAACUGCCCCUUUCGCUUGUGUCUCAUACAUUCAGCGACAUGUUGGUCUCGGACUUGGGAGCCGAUAUUAUCGGAACGACUCUGGCUGUUGAGAUGCAUCGAACAAUGACCGAGAGCAACAAAAGGUGGGAGAGGAGAGACGAUGAGGACGAAGAUGAGGAGUAA